AUGGCGGGUUCUACCAUCAGGCCUUUUAAGCGUCAAAAUGGCAGUUCGUCCGGUUUCGUCAAGGCUUGCAACAACACGAUCAUAACUUCAUGCUUAUAUGUUACAGUUCCAAUUGACAUUCAAUCUACCAACAACCCCAGUUUGAGUCCCAGCAGCAGUAGCAAUGGUCAUACAUUGACCAUAUCUCCUGGAAUGACACAGUAUUGGACUCCUCACUGUGAAGAUGAAAUCAAACCAGCAGUAGACAUGAUUUUUAAAACAUUGGAUGCUGGUAUUGAAUUCUACAAACAUUAUGCUGCCAAAGUCUGGUUUGACACAAGGUCUAGUUCCGUCGUUACAGCACGUGACGGGACAAAAAUUCAAAAGCAAAUCGUUUGCAACAGAGAAGGAUUUAAGAAUACAGGAGCUCAACAUUGUCCCUCGCAGUCAAGUGCAGAUGCAGGAGAAGGUCCUUCCCGUCUAAAGCGGCGAAGGGUUUCAAACAGAACUGGUUGCAGAGCUAGGAUUAUGUUUAAGUACAUUGGAGCAACUGGUUACCAAAUUACCACUUUUAUUGAAAAACAUAAUCACAACAUGUCUUCGGUUCUGGCAAGGCAGUUUCUAAAAGGAAAUAGAAACAUCUCCAGUGUUCACCAGAAGUUUAUACUCGACUGCGCUAAAGCAAAUAUUGGAGCAUCAAAAUCACACGGUUUAUACAGUAAUAUUGUGGGGGAUUACUCUGAAGUUGGAGCAACUGUAGUGGACUUUAAAAAUGUCAUAAGGGAUCUCAGAGCAUACAUAUUGGGAGCUGAUGCACAAAUACUGGUGCAUAAUCUUAUUAAGAAACAAGAGAUGUGCCCUGCAUUUGCUUUUGACUACGAGGUUGAUGAAGAUGAGCAGAUGAGCAGACUGUUUUGGGCAGAUCCAAUGUCAAAAAAGAAUUUUGCUGCAUUUGGAGAUGUUGUCUCUUUUGAUGCCACGUACUCAACAAACAGGUACGAUCUGGCAAUGGGUAUGGAACCAAGAAUAAUUGUCACCGAUCAAGAUCCAGCUAUGAAAGUGGCGAUUCCAACAGUUUUCAAGCAAGCCAGGCAUCGUUAUUGCAUGUGGCACAUCAUGUGUAAAGUUGGGGAAAAGGUGGGUCCUACGCUGAACAAGGAUGAGGAAUUCAGGAACAAACUGAACUCAAUCGUUUGGACGUCAUCUUUGGAACCUCCUGAUUUUGAGAAGCAGUGGAGAGAGCUCAUGGAAAAGUACAACUUAGUCGAACACAACUGGUUUAAAACUAUGUUUGAGGCUAGAAAGCAUUGGAUCCCAGCGUAUUUUAGAAAUGUCUUUAUGGGAGGACUACUCAGGACAACUUCUCGUUCCGAAAGUGAGAACUACACGUACAGCUGUUUUACUGGUCCCUAA